AUGGCUGUAUCGCGAAAUUACUUCAGUGGGACGAUCGCCUGGGGAAUUCUUGCUUUUGUGAGUACGGUAAACGCCUUUUACCUCCCAGGCAUCGCACCCACUGAUUAUAACCCCGGUGAUACGAUCAACGUGCUGGUGAACAGCCUGACCUCCUGGGGCACGGACAACUACAGCAUGGCGAUCGCAAAUCUGGAGUACUAUGAUCCUCAUCUCAAGUACUGCGUACCUGAAGGCGGCGCCCAAUCACGUGCUGGCAGUCUUGGAGGUGUAUUAUUUGGCGAUCGUAUCCAAACAUCCAGCAUGGAACUGGUGAUUUUGAAGGACGAGGCCUGCAAGUACCAGUGCACGUCGCACUACACUCAAAAUGAUUUAGAGCUGAUCACCAACUAUAUUGCGGAAGGCUUCUACCAUCACUGGAGUGUUGAUGGCUUGCCUGUUGCUUCUUCGGAGACAUAUUUCUACGAUGAUGAAGAGGUCUAUGACGAUAAGUUUCCUAUCGGUGCAAUGUACAUGUUGAACGACGAAGGACCCCCCAAGUUCCUACUGUUCAACCACUUUUUUUUCGAGAUCGAGUAUCACCGCACUAAGGAUGACAAGAUUCGUAUUGUCGGUGCUCAGGUUAAAGGCGUCUCUUUGGAGUCUAAGGUGAAUGCUUCCGGUGGUGAACAUUCUUGUGAAUCUUUGAAUCUGCUCCCCAUUGACGUUGAGAAUAAUGUCCCGAGUGCGAUCCAGUUUACAUACAGUGUUUCCUGGAAGGAGUCCGAAGUCCCUUGGGCCACGCGUUGGGACAAAUACCUGAGAGUCUACGAGCCUGAGAUCAAUUGGUUUGCGCUGAUCAACACCACAGCCAUGAUCUUCUUCGUAGUUUUCCUCACGGCUCUGACUUUGUUACGUCUGGUUCGCAAGGAUAUUGCAAAGUACAACGAGGUGGAUCUUUCUGAAGAUGUUGCCGACGAGCUCGGCUGGAAAAUGAUCCAUGGCGACGUGUUCCGACCCCCCAGCCAUGUCAUGGCGUACUCUAUUACAAUUGGAACUGGCGCUCAGAUUAUUUCUACCAUUGUUGCUACUCUAUUUUUGGCUCUACUUGGAUUGCUUUCUCCGGCGAAUCGCGGUGCAUUUAGCACGGUUCUAUUGAUGCUCAAUACUGUCUUUGGUGGCAUAGGUGGCUAUACUUCGGCAGCCACCUACAAAAUUUGGGGCGGCCAAAACUGGAAGGCCAACUUGAUUCUGACUCCGAUUGUUGUGCCGGCUUUGGUGUUUAUCGGCUUUCUUUGCAUUAACUUUUUGCUCAUCUUUGAGCAUGCCGCCGGUGCUGUACCUUUUGGAAACAUGGUUGCUUUGUUCGCUGUCUGGGCACUCAUUUCUUUGCCUCUCUCUCUUUUCUGCGGAUUUUUGGCUUUCAAACGUGAUUGGUUCAAAGCCCCGGUCCGUGUCAAUCAAAUCCCUCGCCAGAUCCCCCCCAGCGAUUGGACUCGUAGUUUGCCAUUCAUGAUGGCUAUGGGCGGCCUUUUACCGUUCCUGGCCGUGUCGCUUCAGCUUUAUUAUAUCCUCUCAGCGAUCUGGUUCCAGCGCCUAUACUACAUGUUUGGCUUUUUGUUUGCGUCCAUUGUGUCGAUGCUCAUUCUCUGCAUUAUGACUACAUCCCUUGCAACCUAUUCUACUAUCUCGGCUGAGAACUAUCACUGGCAGUGGCGAGCCUUCUUUGUUUCUGGCUCCCCUACCGUUUACAUUUUCCUCUAUGCGAUCUUUUACAUGUACCGUUACAUGGAGCUUAGAGGGUUUAUGAACAAGUUACUAUACUUUGGCUACACUUUGAUGGCUUCCGGACUUUGUUUCCUCGCUCUUGGUAUGGUCGGUGCAACAUCAUCAUAUUUCUUGAUGCGUCGCGUGUAUUCUUCCAUCAAGGUCGAUUGA